GGCCCCCUCCCGCCAGGCAGGGCUGGAGAGUUGCCAGCUCCGCCGUGAGCCCUCCUGCUUUGACCCCCGUGUUUUUUAAAAAGCAGGUACAAAGAAGUGAAAAGAUUCGCUGGGUAACCUGAGUAAAAGGAAAACGGUAACGGGGUCUGAAAGGCUGACCAGUAAAACCCGUUCUGAGUCUCCUUCCCCUUUGCUUUGUGCAGGUGAAGGCUCUGGGAAAGCUCCGUAAGGGAGGAGCCCUAGAGGACUGCCAUGGCCGUACCUAUUGCGGUUCUUGACUGCGACCUCUUGCUCUAUGGCCGUGGACACAGGACUUUGGAUCGCUUCAAGCUGGAGGAUGUCACGGAUGAGUAUUUAGUAUCCACAUACGGCUUUCCCCGACAGUUCAUUUACUACCUGGUGGAUCUCCUGGGAGCCAGUCUCUCUCGCCCUACGCAGCGGUCCAGGGCCAUCAGUCCAGAGACACAGAUACUUGCUGCACUGGGUUUUUAUACCUCCGGCUCCUUCCAGACUCGCAUGGGGGAUGCUAUUGGCAUUAGUCAAGCCUCCAUGAGCCGCUGCGUUGCCAACGUAACCGAGGCAUUGGUGGAAAGAGCCUCACAGUUCAUUCACUUUCCUGAAGAUGAAGCCACCGUACAGAGCCUGAAGGACGACUUUUAUGGGCUGGCAGGCAUGCCAGGCGUGCUGGGGGUGGUUGACUGCACCCACGUGGCAAUCAAAGCGCCAAAUGCUGAGGACCUGUCCUACGUGAACCGAAAGGGUCUCCAUUCUCUGAACUGCCUGAUGGUGUGUGAUGCCAGAGGAGUCCUGCUGAGUGCGGAAACGCACUGGCCAGGCAGCCUGCCCGACUGCACGGUGUUACAGCGGGCAGCCCUUAGAAGCCAGUUUGAAACUGAGCUACAUAAAGAUGGCUGGCUACUUGGUGACAGCUCCUUCUUUCUCCAGACAUGGUUGAUGACCCCUCUGCAUAUCCCCGAGACACCUGCUGAAUAUCGUUACAACAUGGCGCAUUCUGCCACUCACAAUGUCAUUGAGCGGACGUUCAGAACCAUUCGGUCGCGUUUCCGCUGCCUGGAUGGGUCGAAAGGCACCCUGCAGUAUUCUCCAGAGAAAUCCAGCCACAUCAUUCUGGCCUGCUGUGUGCUUCAUAACAUCUCCCUGGAACACGGGCUGGACGUGUGGUCUUCGCCGGCCACAGGACACAUGGAACAACCGGAAGAAGAGUACGAGCAAAUGGAGUCAAUGGACUCGGAAGCCUGUCGUGUUCGUCAAGAGCUUUUACUUACUCAUUUUAGCUAACGUUGUGACAGAGGGAAGGCCUCUAACGGUUCAUCUGGGAAGAUAUACAGAGCAAAUAUGCCCCUUCCUCUUCUUUAAGUCUGUAGUGACUAAGCAGAUGUGAGACAAGGAGAAAUUUUGCUCUCUUCGUUUCAGGUGGUAUUCUGAACUUCUCUCAAUCUCUCCAGAGAUGCAAUUUAAUUGCUAGAUUUUUACUGUUGUGAUGCUUAGAGACCCCCCCCCCCCUUUCACCUGACUAACGUGAAAUUGGUGGAGAAGCUUGGGAAAUUGUUGUUGAUAAUGACGAAAAAUCUGUAAGCCUUGCACUGUUCUAUAAAGCAACCAAUUCUAUGCCAGUUUGUAACCCAAAACCCAUAUGAUUGAUUUUUAAACAGUAUUUCACACAAAUUAAACUUCCACGUGGGCUCAUGUCUACCAUGAAUUCAUGAGCAGCAAAGCAAAGAUUUAUCUGUUUGUUUGCAGGUAUAAAUUCUUGCUAAAUACCAUUCUGCAGUUUUGUUUAUUUCCCCAAACCCAGUCAUUCCUCUGAAAGGUGACAGCUGUGUUCUGGGAAGGGUCUGGCUUUUUGCUGGGUACACACUAGUGCUUGCACCUACCCAGAAGGUCAAGAAGGGUUGAAGGUUUCUUCUUUCCCAAACAGACUGGAGAAGAUGUUAAGCUACGGUCAACUGUUAGAUACUUAACAGAUACCAGGAAAUGGGCUAGCGAAUGUAACUCUAGUUCUCACUGGGUAUGUCUGCCACAACAGAAAACUACUCAUCUUGUUGGCUGCUAUAAAAGAAAUGCCAAGGACUGGCUGGGUCACAAAAAGUGAACUGAUUGCAAAAGUUCUCCAUUUAGAUCACAGCUGAGGUACAGAAAGGCUGCUCUACCGCUGCUGGCAAUCUACCUAUUCAGUGGAAAAAGAUGACUAACGCAUGCAGUUGUUGCUGGCACAAGUCUAGGAAGUUUCCUGGCAAUGUUCUCUUUCCAGAAGAUGCAAGUGUU